AUGGCACCAACCCUUAUGGAACCAUCCGUCCGUCUCGAUAACCUUGCCGCACGUGGCACUGAGAGAUCCGAGUCUGCUCUGGGGCUUCGCCCUGUCAUUAUUGAUCGCGACGAGAGGUCUGGCCUGGAGCCCCUCCGUCGACUCAUCUCUCGAGACUCAAGCUCUGAAGAUGGCUCCGAUAGGAUGAUCAACGCCAUCAUCACCAUCCUCGUCCUCGCCUUUGUCUCCAUCAUCCUCAUCUCCACCCUCUACUUCUUCCGCCGCUCCCGUCGCAUGCAGAAGCUUCGCAACGAAUCUCUGCCUACCUACAACGAAGCCAGCAAGGAGCCCAUGCUCCAGCACAGCCUUACCAUUGAGACCAAACACAACGGUCGCUCCAGCGUCGUCGUCAUUGGCCGCGAUGGCCAGCCUAUGCUGCAGAACCCCAACUCGCCUCCCGACUCUCCCGAUAAUGUACCUGAAAUUCACAUCACCUUUCCUGACGAGCACGACAAUGACGGCCAACGCAAGAGCGGUCGCGUUCUCAUUGUCAGAGUCGGCGACAAUGCCGCUGUUGGCCUCGAACCUGUACGAGAAGAGCAGCUUCCCGCCUAUGAGAAGGAGGCCAAGGGCCAGUUCCAGUCCAUUGACAUGGAUAAAAUUGGCGGCCUCAAGGAAAAGGAUCACAACCUGUUUCAAUAG